CGCGCGGCGCAGGCGCGCGGGGGGGGGCGACCGUUGCGAGCCGUCGGCUUCCCGCCUCGUUUCUCAUGAGGGUCUGGCGAGGGCUGUGGCGAGCCGUCUCCUCCGGCGAUGGGGCCGCCCACGGCGGGAGGCCUCGGAGGCGGGCGUGGGAGACGUCGCUGUCGCCUCUGGAGCGGGUGAGGCGGCUGCUGCCGCCGGAAGAAGCGGCGGCGGUGGGGCGGUGCGCGGCGGCCCCUCAGGUUCCCCCUGAGGAGGAGGAGGCGACCGCCCCUCAGGUGUCUCUUGAGGAGGCGGGAGCCCGGCCCGGCCCUUUCCGCGCCGGGGAGCUGGCGCUGGCGGAGGUACGGAGGAAGUACAACGCGACGUUGAAGCUGUUGUGCCGGUUGGCGGCGGGUUCGGUUCUGGCCAGCCCCAGAGGCCUCCUGCCCCACUGCGACAUCAUCGGACAGCUGCCCGGGCAGAUGCUGCGUACGUCGGCCGGGGCGCCGUUGCUGCUGAGGCGGCCCUCGCUGGAGGAGUACGUGCUCCUGAUGCCGCGGGGACCCACCAUCGCCUACCCCAAGGAUAUAAGUGCUAUUUUAAUGAUGAUGGAUAUCCACCCGGGAGACACCGUUUUGGAAACUGGCAGCGGGUCUGGCGCUAUGAGCUUGUUUCUGUCAAGAGCAGUUGGGCCCAAAGGACGUGUUAUAAGUUAUGAAAUCAGAGAUGAUCAUCAUAAUUUAGCUAAGAAGAAUUACAGGCACUGGCGUACUGCAUGGGAAAUAGGACAUAUGGAAGAGUGGCCAGAUAACGUGGAUUUCAUUCUUAAAGACAUUUCAACAGCUGCUGCAGAUAUGAAAUCUGUAACAGUUGACGCAAUAGUUCUGGAUAUGCUUAACCCUCAGUCUGCUCUGCCUGUUGUACACCCAAGUCUGAAACAGGGUGGUGUGUGCGCCGUGUAUUUAGCAAACAUCACGCAGGUUAUUGACCUUUUAGACAGAAUACGGACCUGCAAGCUCCCUUUUUUGUGUGAAACGAUCAUUGAGGUAACUUAUAGAAAUUGGUCGGUACUCCCUGCUAAAAUCAAGAAUUGUAAAUCAAGCCAAAUGGUGGAAAAUCAAGAAAAUAUUGAAGAACCACCUCAAAAGGAGUACGAAGAAAUCCACAUUCAGGAUCAAGCAGUUCUUAAAGAAAGUGAAUACAAUGAAUCCCUUUCUGAUGAUGCUGAAACAUACUGCUCAGUGCCUUACGUUGCUAGACCAUCUUAUUGGCAGGAUGGUCAUUCAGUCUCAAAAAUCUCUUACAAUCAAGUUAUUCAACAGGACUCUGCAGCCUGAGGUAGGAUUGUUGAGAUGGGGAUGGCUCAAGGAUUCAACUUGGAAACAUCAUGGAAAAACAUCAACGUGGAAAGGUUGAUGCCUGAACACAGUUACAAUAAGGAAACAGAACUGUACCUGACUCUAAAUCCUCUGCAUGAUAUAGUGGACUUAACCGGUUCUCCAAGUUGCUUAUUGUUAACUACAGUUUUUAGAAGGUUGUUGAAUAAUUAAUUCAUCCAAGAAUAUCCGGAAGAAUGUAGCAUUCUGAUUUCCAAGUAACUUGUUGGACAUCAGGGGGCACUGUUUCACCACCAGCAAUUUAAACUGAGACAAUGCAGCAUUUGGAUAGUAUAAUACACUGGAUUUCGUGUUGUACUUAAUUCCUAAUCCUUCCUAUAGGUGGACAUUAAAUCAGUGUAGCUACUCUUCAUCUUUACAUGUUAUCUCAGUUUGAACUGAUUUUUAUAUAUAUAUAUAUAUAUAUAUAUAACGAAUAAGACCUGGGUUUGAAAGACCUGGGAUUCUUAAAAAUCUUAUUUUUGCAAAAAAAAAAGACUUCCAUAAAUGCACUGGAACUUAAUUAUGUGAGAUAUAUAGUUACAUAGGUACCCAGUAGCUAGGUCCAAAAAGGCAGGUGCAGAGCAGUUUGCUUCCUUUAAACGAAAACAAACUUAAAAAUUUUAGUGACUGAGUUGUUUACAGAUAGAUUAAGAAGCAUCACUGAAGAAAAACACAGGGCUAGUAUUUUAAUAAAUUAUAUUUAGGAUAUAUGUACUUUUUUUUUUUAAUCUUUUAAUAUUUGUGAGGUAGGAAAGCAAAUGCCUUUGGCCUCUGAUAUCCUUCCCAGUGAACUUUCCAGUGAAAGAUAAAGUACCAUAGUAAGAACACCUGGUAUUUCUUUUCAAACGAAGUAAUGAAGAAGCAGCGUUGGUUCUUUUAAAUAGAGAUCAUUGUUCAAAAUAAAAUACUUAUUUCUCAGGUAUAGACUUUCCCUACUUACUGCAGAGUGUGAAAUAGAGGAAGAAAAAAGUCUCUCUUCCCUGUAGAGAUGACUCCUGACCUUUUCGGGGGGAACCCAGCCUCUCGAUCAAAUAUGUUCUAGAUGAAAUGCAUGCAGGCUGAGAGCUCAGUUCCUAAAGACCAUAACGAAACUGAAGCAUUCAUCUAAAAAGCCAACUUUGGACAUGUGGUUAACUCAGAAUAAAGGGCAUAGCAAGUCACACAAGUUUCAGUAAAUUAAAAAGGAACAGAUAAACUACCUGAAGCCACAUCUAUCACCAGAAACCUGUUUUUUACGUGGGAAGAGAAAGUAAGGAUUUAGAUGAGUUGUGUGAAACAAAUCAUUACGGCAUCAUGGUGCCUGGGCUAGGACUAAGCAUAACAGACUGAAUAUGCCUUACCUGUUUGCUACUUGAGGUAGUAAGUAAGGAUACUGGAAGGGUGCCUUACAGCUAAAUCCUUGCUUGUGACAAAUGUUACAGUAUGAUUAGAACUACAAAUGGUCCAGUGCCACUUAAGUGUAUGUCAUUGAUGGAUGGACAGGAAAAUUGUUUUCAGCUUUGUUUACUUCAAAAGAGCUUCUAAGCAUACAGCAGAGUUUUCUAAGUCCAAGAACAGCUGUAGUUAUUCUCAGGUACUGAGAAAUUCAGGACCUAGAAGAAAAAAAUCACUUGGAAAUUAUGUAGUGAACAAGAAGUGUACUGACUAGACUAACACAGCAAAUGGUAAAAGAAUGUCAAGGCUGCCAGCAAACACAGUGCAUGCUUAAACUUGCUGCUUCUGCAUACUGCAAAACAGCCAAGUACUCUGCAGCAGCAAAUCUCCAUAAAGUACUGGGGACAUAAGUUUGAACUUGCUGUUCAUUUCUACUGUAAAUAGACCGAUAUAUCCUGUAUGAACUCAACUAAUUCAAAGCAGAGAGUGGAAGCCUUUAAGAUUUAUUUUUAAGGAUUGGCACUGCUGUGCUGGUUAUAAGUGAAACAAAGUAGUCUUAUCUGAAGAGUUCCAAUUACUUUGUCAAAAUAAAUAGAGGAGAUAGACUACAUUAGGUCUUCACCAUCAUGUGACAAAAUGGCAAGUGAUGAAUGAUGUAUCUGUCAACAUCAGUAACUCAAAACUCUGAAUGCAUAUUUUAUGCUAAAGGGAAAGGAGAUUAACUGUACAGCACCCCUUUAAGUGUUUUUUUGAAACUUCUGACAUCAUCCACCAUAUUCUAACUUUUGAAAGCCACUGGAGAUUGUAUUUUGCGUUGGCGAGUAUUUAAUAACCAUGGUUAUUUUUUACCCAGUUGUGCCCACGCUGUUUCUUCAUGCUGUAUUGUGCAAAGAGCACUAAUAAACAGGACUCCUUUAUACCA